AGGAAGUAAUAUAAAGACAAUAAGGCAGCCGAUAUCACCGGCUUUCAUUUAUUGAUAAUGUAAUCGUGUAUGAUGUUACUACAUCAAAAAUCAUUUGAUAUUCGUAUUAACAUUUGAGUAAGCAAUGUGCAAGUUCGCGCCAAUCUGGAUUUUGUACCCCGAAGUUGUCUUGUUGCUGUCAUUGGUUAGCUGUGACAAUAUUGAGUUACAUCCGGCUGACGGAUAUUACAAUAACCUAUUCAAUCCGGAUUGGGGCAUAACAGGUAACCAACUACGUCGAUUGACGCCACCCGACUACAGUGAUGGAGCUUACGAACCAUCCGGAAUUUCUCGACCAAAUCCACUUGUUAUUAGUGGCAUCAUACAUCGUGGCCAGAGUGGAAUGUCUACAGUUUCCAACAAAUCGGCACUUAUGGUGUUUUUCGGUCAGUUAGUAGCCGAUGAAAUAAUAAAUACAGGUAAUCCUGGCUGUCCACCGGAAUAUACUAAUAUAGAAAUACCCGAUGAUCACCUUUAUAGACAAAAAGCUACACAUAUGACGUAUGAAAGAAGUGGUUAUGAUGCAAGAACAGGUUCUUCUCCGAACAGACCCAGACAACAGACAAACAGCGUAACACCGUUUCUAGACGCUGGGUUUUUAUACGGAACGACAAAGUUCUUUACCAAUCAACUGAGAGAGUUCAGAGGAGGUCGACUUUUGGCUAAUGAUGGCACAUCAGAUUUGUUUCCCGCCAAAAACGACAUAAGGCUGAUAUUGUCUAAUCCUGCUGUACCACGUGACCACUCUCUCAAACCGUCAUCAAGAUUUUUCCGAAUUGGUAAUGCUCGAGGUCAUAUGAAUCCCUAUCUUCUGACAAUACAGAUCAUAUGGUACCGAUGGCAUAAUCAUGUAGCAAACGAUCUGUCUUCAAGAAACAGGGAGUGGAAAGAUGAGCGAUUAUUCUAUGAGACCAAGAAAAGAGUUACUGCACACUUCCAGAAAAUUGUAAUGGAAGAAUGGCUACCAUCAUUGUUACCGCAAGGCAAUAUCCCACCAUAUGAUGAUUACAAGAAUUCUGUUCAUCCUGGUGCUAGUCAAGAAUUCCAGACAGCAAUAGAAGCUUAUAUUAGCACCAUGUUACCUGGUGGGGUUUGGACUUUAGGUGAAAAUUGUGCAAGAAUAAAUACAACAAGUCAGGAUCCUGAUAGUGACAGACAGGUAGAAGCUGUUAGACUAUGUAAUACCUAUUGGGAUUCACAGGAUUUGGUUCCGACCAAUUUUGAUUCUCUAUUACGGGGUAUGUUGUAUACAAAAGCCGAACAAGAAGAUACCACAAUAGUGCCUGAUGUUAGAGAAUAUUAUCCUGGACCAUAUGAGUUUUCUAGGCGUGAUCAAGCAGCCGUAUUAAUUCAACAGGGCAGAGAUCACGGAUUAUCAGAUUAUAACACAAUAAGACAAGGUUUAGGACUUCAGGCCAUUACAAGUUGGGAAAACUUUAAUACUAGUCAAGAGAUUAUAGAUAAAUUAAGACAGGUAUAUGGUAAUAAUACUAGUAAUCUAGAUUUAUUUACUGGUGGUUUAGUAGAGUUCAGUCCAUCAGGACCAGGUGAAGUGUUUCAGCGGAUAUUGGUAGAUCAGUUUACUCGUAUCCGAGAUGGAGAUAGAUUUUGGUAUGAGAAAAAAGGUUUUUUCACAGAAGCUGAAUUAGAAGAAAUAAGGGCUAUAACAUUUGCUAAUAUACUGAGAAAUGUGACAGAUGUUUCACCAAUAUUUAACAAUGUCUUUAAAUGUCAAGGUCUGGGAAGCUGUGUUUGUGCUGAUCCACCAAAUGUAGACAACAACAACAAUACAAGGUUUGACGUCUGCUCAGAACUACAAACUUAUGAUUAUUUUACUGGCAGUGAAAUAAGCUUUAUUUUAUCAUUCCUGGCAAUAGGCCUGGUCAUUCCAGGCUCCAUAUUGGUUUUAAUGUUAUUGAUUAAGCGACGGCAGAAAAUGAUAACAGGCAAAUCACAACGGAUGUCAAAAAAUCACAGACAAUCUAAACCUAAUUCAUAUUUAGCCGAGGAGUGGCUUGGUCCUCAUUCUGAGAGUAGAAAAGUUAAGAUAGAACUACAGAAGGAGAGAAAAAAGAUCAAUAUAGCUAAUGGUCGUGGACAAAGCCUUCGGUUUAUAGAUCUUCGUCGAACAGAGAAAAUUCAAUUAAAAAUUUCGUAUGACAAACAGUUAAAUCUUGCCUCUGUUAGAGUACCGGGCGAUAUAGAUCUAAUUUUAAGAUUUAGUGGAUUACCAGAGAGACAGAAUUUUGUAACUGAGAUAGAAACGUUUUUAAGAGAAUUAUCAAUAGAAGUAACCAGACAAGAGCUGGCUGAAAAUGUUAUAAUAUCUACAUCAAAUAACAGAGACGACAGACAAAAAAUCUUAGAUGAAUUCUUCAGAAUAGUGUGUUUACAGGCACUCAAGAAAGAUCCUACAACUGAGUCCUUUACCUAUGAUGCUGAACAAGCCAGUCAAGUGAUUAAUGUAAAACUAACUCGUACAGAGUUUGCUGAUGCUCUUGGUCUUCAGCCAUCUUCUAUAUUUGUAAGAAAUAUAUUUCUACUGGGAGAUAAAGAUAACGAUGGUUUCAUGUGUUUUAGAGAAUUUUUGGACUUGUUUGCAGUAUUUGCAAGAGGUACUGCUGACGAAAAAGCCAGACUAAUGUUCAAUAUAUAUGAUGUGAGGAGAAAAGGUGUUCUUGAAAGAAGCGAUUUUAGCAAGAUGAUUAAAUCAUUAUUGGAUCUGUCCGAUGCUAAACUUGGUGAUGAUAAGGUAAAUGAAUUAAUCGAUGUAAUGUACAGAGAAGCUGGUUUAAACAGUGGAAACACCAUGACCUUUGAUGAUUUCAAAAAGGUCUUCACACUUAAAGAAUACGAAGCAACGUUUCAAUCAGCAACAAUCGGAGAACAAGGUGGAACAGUUUCUGCUCAUACAGCAGACACUACUGGAGGUAUCAGAAACAGAAGACACACUUUAAUAAAAAGUUACAAAGGUAAAAAAGAUGGCGGUAUUAAAAGCAAAAGAAACAGCAAAGUUCGAGUAAAAGUAGAGAGACCGCAGCCCGUCGGUUUUACUUAUACUGCAGAGAAGAUAUUUGCUAUAACUAAAUUUAUGGAGAUCUACAGGUUACAAAUAUUUUGGAUCUCGCUCUAUACACUUGUAACAAUUGGUAUCUUUAUAGAAAGGGCAUAUUAUUAUGGCGAGGGGCGUGAACAUGCUGGAUUAAGAAGAUUAUCAGGGGCGUGGACGACAGCUAUGAUUCGUGGAUCAGCUAGUGUUAUCAUGUUUACGUAUUCCAGUUUAUUACUCACCAUGUGUAGAAAUAUUAUAACCAGAUUACGUGAGACAUUUUUACACAGAUUUAUACCAUUUGAUUCCGCUGUCGACUUCCAUAAAUACAUCGCUGUCGUCGCCAUGAUUGCCACAAUUGUACAUAUAUUUGGUCAUGCUACCAAUCUAUAUUGUAUAGUUACCCAGCCACCACAAGAUGUCACUUGUUUAUUUAGAGAAUAUUAUAGAGGGUCUAAUGAAUUGGCCACCUUUCACUACUGGGCAUUUCAAACAAUUACAGGAUUGGCCGGGGUUUACGUAACCGUUCUAAUUUUGAUUAUGUACGUGUUUGCCACGCAGUACGCCAGAAGAAACAUCUUUACAGCUUUUUGGUUUACUCAUGGUUUUUAUAUUUUUGUUUACCCAUUGACGUUUUUACACGGCGUCGGUGUGCUGGUUCAAGCUCCCUUGUUUCCAUGGUUUUUGAUUGGUCCACUGAUUUUAUUUGUACUGGACAAAUUGGCUAGUAUUAGCCGGAAUAAAGUUGAGAUCAGAGUAAAAAAGGUCUCAAUCUUACCUUCAGAUGUUACUGAGUUAGUGUUUAAGAGACCUGCUAACUUUGACUACAAGUCUGGACAAUGGGUGCGAAUCGCUUGUCUAAAGUUAGGUAAAAGCGAAUAUCACCCUUUUACCCUCACUUCUUCACCUCACGAAGAAAAUCUCAGUCUCCAUAUCCGAGCUGUGGGACCCUGGACGAAAAAUUUAAGACAGUUGUAUGAACGAAAAAGUUUGGAAAAUAAACCGCUUCCAAUGCUUUAUGUGGAUGGACCAUUUGGAGAAGGUCACCAAGAUUGGUUUACUUUCGAUGUGGCGGUUCUUGUAGGAGGAGGAAUUGGUGUGACCCCAUUUGCAUCUAUCCUUAAAGACAUUGCCUUUAAGUCUAAAUCGGGCCUUAAAAUCAACUGUAAAAAGGUAUAUUUUGUGUGGAUAACAAGAACACAGAAACAUUUUGAAUGGUUGAUUGAUAUAAUACGUGACGUUGAAGAUCAAGAUGUUAAUGAUAUUGUGAAUGUCCAUAUCUUUGUCACACAAUUUCAACAAAAAUACGAUCUAAGGACAACCAUGUUGUACAUAUGUGAAAGAAAUUUUCAGAAAGUUGAAAAUAAAAGUUUAUUUACUGGAUUAAGGGCUGUUACUCAUUUUGGAAGACCUAAGAUGACUGAGUUUUUACAAAGUUUACAUUAUGAAUAUCCAGGGGUUGAAAGAUUUGGUGUGUUUAGUUGUGGACCAGGUCCUAUGACAAACUCAGUGCAAGCGUCAUGUACUUUACUUAACUCGGUUGAGGGUCCAACAUAUCAUCACCAUUUUGAAAACUUUUAAAUUUGUGAUAUUUAGAACAAAGACAAUUUAAGCGUUAUAUUUCAUUUGUUUCCACCCGGACCACCCGUUCAAUAUUUAUAUUUUCGUCUUAAUGCUACGUCUCCCCACGAAUGUCUCAGGCGUGUGUCCAGACACUCAAAUCUCUGAACACGCCCCCUUGUGUAUAUCCAAUUUUUAAAACCAUCUAUAUUGUAUUCAGAUAUAUUUUUGUUUCAUUACCGCAAUAAAUGGGUCUCUUGCGUGCAACCUGAGGCCAAUCUCAAAAUGGGUAUAGCAUAAUGAAAAUAUACACGGAACGCAAUACAGUUGUUAGUUUUACCGAGUAUAACAAUGCAUAACAAUACACGAAACGCAAUACAGUUCUGUUCUAAAGAACACAGUUAUGCCGAAUAUAAUUAUUCAUCAAAAUUCUUAUACUAAUGUUUACACUAUAAGCUGUAGGUGUAAUUAUAAAUAAGACUCUAAUAAAACCUAUACAGUCAACGUUGUAAAAAUGUAUACAUUAGAUUUUAUUUUUUAUAUGAUAAAUAAAUUUAUUAAAUAGUU